AUGGCUUCCAACAGUGAUGCUGCCGGCUCACAGAAGCAUUCAGUACUCAAUUCAUCCUUCCCUGUAUUUCUUCCAGAGGAUGUGGCACUACACAUGUCAGAAGAUGAGUUCCAGCAUCUUCUGAAGCAGCAAAUACAUCCAAAUGGCUUGAAAGAGGGCAGCGAACAAAAAUCCACUGCCAAUGGCAGUCAAUCAGUCACCGUUGCUGAAAACGAGCCCAAAGCGCCAUUUGUCGCUGGCCUAGAAAAUCACGCCGCCCACGUGCGAACAGAUGAACAGCUUGCGGCCAACAACCAAACCUUGACAGAGAACGGCGACGUCACCAACAUCUCAUCGAAACAUGUGCUCGUGGACCUAUUCUAUGACCUUGGCCAGGCUACCGGGCCCGAAAGACUUAAGACCCUACUCAAAGAUGCCUGGAACGAAGACCCUCUCCUAACUUUGAAAAUCAUAUUCAAUGCACGCAGUAUUCAUCUGGGCAAAAGCAGUCGACUCACCGCGUACACGGCCUUGAGCUGGCUGGCCGAGAACCAUCCUUUGACGUUACUGGCGAACCUAAAGUGGCUAGUUCGACCCGUCAUAGCGAAGAAGGCCGAGCCAAAACCUGAGUCCAAGGACGACUCGAUCAAAAAGCUUGAAGACGAUUUUGAAAUGGUGGAGGUUGGUGAGUCUGAUCCUUCCAAAGCACACGACAUCAAGUAUGGAAUGUCGCAUGGGUACUGGAAAGAUCUCCUCAAUUUAGUGGUAUUUUCAGCAAAUGACCAACUCAAGUUCGAUGGCGACCCGUUCUCUCUGCUCACUCAGGUUAUCGAUAAUACAGAACACCCUAAGGAAACAAGAAACUGGGAUCCAAAGGUUGCGAAAGAAAACCGACACCGCCAAAGACAAGAGCACAACCAGCGGGUGCAAGACAAGCUGAAGAACGAUCCUUUCCAUCGUGCGCUACACAUUACUGUCGCGAGAAUGUUUGCAGAGCAACUCAAGUCCGACAAAGCCCUAUUGGAUUCUGGAAAGGCAUCAGACUUGAAAAAGAUAUCGCUCGCAGCCAAGUGGGCGCCCACCUUUGGUGAAUUCCACGACAAGCAGACCUUCAUCCAGUCUUCUAUUGCCGAAAUUCUCUUCCCAGAUCCUGCCUUGCACUGUCCCGAUGCCAGCAACCGCGAACUCUACCUCCGUCAUGCCCGCGAGCUCUAUCGAAAACAGUAUGCAUCACCUCUACGUAAGGCCCUGGGUAUCGUUGAGCGGGAGAUUGCAGCGAAAACUUUUGAGAAUAUCAAGUAUGAACAGGUACCAUCACUUGCCAUGGACCGCUACAGUCCACUUUUCAUGCAGAAAGACGAGGAGCGCUUUACCACCUACGUCAACAACGUCACCGCCGGUACUGCAACCGUGUCUGGCGCUACCCUGCUGCCAUCGACGCUAGUCAGCAAAGCACGAGGUACCGGUAGCAGGCAGGUGCCCCUGAGGAAAGGCAAGAAAGUCAAUUUCAAGGCUAUAAAACAGAGCAACCAAGACAAGAUACUUGGAGAUCUCGUCGAUGGCCAGUGGAAGACUCUCGUCCAGCGCGUACGCGAUGCAGGCACUCUGCAAUCUAGCAUCGCCGUAUGCGAUGUAAGUGGCAGCAUGGGCGUUAAAGUAUUCAAAGAUGGCUCCUGCCCCAUGGACUCUGCCAUUGGCCUCUCCCUCCUCAUCUCAGAGGUCACAGCACCGCCCUUUGGUAACGGCUUCAUCACCUUUGAAACUUACCCCGCAUACAUUUCUACGAGCGGCGCAGGCGAGGGACUCAGAGAGCAAGUCAGGUUUCUGGAGCAAAGCCCCUGGGGUGGUAGCACGGAUCUCGUUGCUGUCUUCACAAAAGUUAUUCUCCCCAUGGCUAUCAAGAACAAGCUCAAGCAAGAAGAUAUGGUCAAGCAGGUUUUCGUAUUCAGUGACAUGCAGUUCAAUGAGGCCUACGGAGCAGAGAGUCGAUGGACAUCCUCGUUCCAACGCGUUAAAGAGGCGUAUGCGGAGGCGGGUUACGAGGUUCCGCAUCUCAUCUUCUGGAACCUCGCUGGAAACAGUACGAGUAAGCCGGCGACCAUGGAUGAUGCGAAUACAUCGCUUGUUUCUGGUUACUCGCAAGGUAUGCUUAGGCUCUUCCUGGAGACUGGGGCGUUUGACGACGAUCACGAGAUUGAGGAGGUGGAGGUGGGAGUCGAGGGGGCGGAUGGCAUGAUGGAGAUUAAGAGAGUGAAAAAGAAUAUUGAUCCGUUGACCGUGAUCAAGAAAUCAGUGGCGCAUAAGGCGUAUAGUAUGCUCGAGGUUGUGGAUUGA